AUGUAUAGAGAUGUGUUUGAAAUAUUGUCAUUGCGUGAGAGUCAAUAUAAAUCUUUGCCUAGUAAGAAGGAUUGGGAUAUGGCGGAUGAGAUUUUUCAAAGAUUGAGGGUAUUCUUUGAUGUGACUGAAUUAUUUUCUAGAACAAGUUAUCCUACAUCAAAUAUUUAUUUUUCUAAGGUUUGUGUGAUUAAAUUGGCUUUGAUGGAAUGGAAAAAUUGUGGAAAUGAGAUAAUUGAAAUGAUGGCUACUAGUAUGAUAACUAAGUUUGAAAAGUAUUGGGGUAUGAUUAAUACAGUUAUGGCUAUUGGGACUCUUUUGGAUCCUAGGUACAAGAUGUAUUUAUUGAAUUUCUUUUUUCAGAAAAUAUAUGGUGAGACGGAGGCAUGUGUUGUAAUUGGUCAAGUGAAAAGGGUAGUGCAAGAUUUAGUUUUAGAAUAUGCAACAAAGGGAAGAGAGAGAGACCAAGCUGCUCAAUUAAAUAUGCUGGCACCACCAUCAAUCCCUUCAAGUUCAAAGGGGAGAAAGUUCAAUCAUGAAGAUUGGCAAGAUGAUUUUGCUGCACAUGUAAGUGAGGAAUCCGUAUUUAUUGAUACAAAGAGUGAGUUGGAUUAUUAUCUUGAAGAGAGACCGGUACCACAAACUGAACAUGAUUUUGAUAUCUUAAAUUCGUGGAAGUCAAAUAGAGCGAAGUUUCCUACUUUGCAAGCUAUUUGUUAUACGGGUGGUCGAUUUGUUACGCCACAUCGUAGUAGGUUGCGUCCAGACACAUUAGAGGCUAUAAUGUGUAAUCAAGAUUGGCUAUGGAAUGAACUUGGCACUACAACUAACAUAGGAUUUGAGUACUACACUAUUCAUAACAUUGAAAGAGAUGUUGACGAUUCAAGUAAGUCAGAAUCUACCAUCACUACCACCACGGGGUGA